GUAGCCUAGGCCGUGGUUCUAGCCUCUAGGUAGGGCUGGGGGGCUGGCCGGCUGGCUAGCGACCAAGGGCCGCCAGGGCAGCCAGGGCCAGGGUUGGGACCCGCCACCGCGACGCGACGCCCCGAACCACGAUUUUCGGCCAAUCUCGAUUCUUUAAUCUCAACUGUGACUGAGUGACCGGUCUCCAGCAAAAACAACGUCUGCAAUCUUGAGUGCGGUGGGGGUUUCGAGGUCACUCGGGUGGUUUCCCGCUUCUACGGUUUCCAAACAAAGCCAUGUCUGCACAAAAGAAGCUGAAUCUAGAGGACAUGGGCCCGCUGCUAACCCUGGGGGACCGUGUGGUCUGGGUGUUUGAGCAUGGACCCGAGCACGGCUGGGUGCGCUGGAUUGGCCGUAUCCCGGUUGUUUCUCCAAACUGGGCCAUUGGUGUCGAAUUUGACAAUCCUAUUGGAGCAGGAGAUGGAAAGUUUGGGGGGAAGAGGUACUUCUAUGCAAGAAAUGACCAUGCAUAUUUUCUUCCCAAUUCAAGUUUACUUCGGGCUGCAGACUACAACAGUACUUUCAGGACAGAAAGUCUCAUGAGGAGGUCUGCUGGAAGCUCAAGGGCCAAGAUGUAUACUUUUCCUCACAAAUACAACACUGCCAGAUGUGCCUUUACUGAACCUCAGGCACUAAAGGACGACUUUCCAGCUGACCUUAACCACUUCCACAGUGGUAAAGAUGCCAGCCAUGGUGCACUCAAGUCCAAAUCAAAACUACACAGAACCCAAUCCACCGGGUUACGUGAGUGUUCUGACCUCUCCGACUAUGAAAACUGGCUGGACAAGGACCCCUGUAACGUGCGUGUGCAGUCCUGGAAAAGCAGUCACUCAGUCAUGAGCUGUCCCCCUGUGCUACUUCCGAGAAUGCUAGUCACCCACGAAGUCACGUCAAGCUCGGAGAGUGAUCUAGAAUUUGGGAGCCUGAGGUCGCUCAUGGCCUGCUUCACGUUGGGUCCACACAGGAGAAAAAAGCGAAGAAAAAAGAAGAAGAAGGGACAUCGGCUGGUGAUAGCUGCAGGCCGCAAUGGUGGAAGCUACUGCUAUCCUAGCGAGGGUAUGCAAGCCGGUCGAGAUUACCAUCACAGUUAUGAGAGGGCACGCUCAGCACACACAUCUCAUAAAGAGUCUUGUCCAAGUGACUUUCAGGACGGAACUUCACGUUGGACUCCCAAGCAGUUAUGGAGGUUUUCUUUGCAAGAACAAAACAUGAGGCGGCCAGACACUAGUGUCGAGGCCGUGAACCAGACUACAGAAAAUCAAGAGGAGAAACUUCCACCUAAGCUUCCACCAAAGACCAUCGCUCGAAAAAAGCGACCAGCACCACCUCCACCACCCGAAGGAGAGCGCUCCUUGCCGAGGCCUCUGUUGCGAGCUCGCUCAGUACCAACCACAGUUGUGACUGACAAAUCUUUCUUGAGGGAUACAGGCUCUGCCAAUUCAACCCAGCGGAGGUCACACAAAAAGCCUGCUCCUCAGCCACCUGGACAAGAUGUCUGUAGCCCCGUUUUGGAAAGUGUCAGCUUAGGAGAUAAAAAAACACUGGAUGCUUUUGCUAGCCAUACAGUGCCAGAGAGCCUACAGGGAAAGACGUCCGUUCUUAUGGCUCCAAAAGCACAGCCUGUACAAGUACAAAAUUGUGUCGUGAAGAAGUCUAGCAGUUUCAUUUCUCAAUCCCUUGUAAGGAACAAACCUCUUUUGCCAAAUGAAGACAGUCGGGAGCUUGGCAAGAAUAUGGUAGACAUGGUGACCAAGCCAGAGCUCCCCUUCAAAACUAUACCAGAUUCUAAAAACUUUCUCUCUGAUCACAAGAUGAGCACUAGUGAAUUGACCAUCCCUGAAAAUUCAAACAGCAUGCCAGGAUUAGCUACGAGCAAAAUUUCAAAUGAACUUGUUGAAACGGUUUCAUUACGCAAGAAGCCUGUGUCUUCAAGAACUCCCAUGAAAGGGGCACCAAAAUGCCAAGGCCCAGAACGUCAGACAGGUUCACUUACUAUACACAAAACUGGCUUUUGUCCCCCAAUUUUAGAGGAAGAAGAAAAUUAUGGUAUGGCUGUAGCACUUCAGCAAGCCAACAACCUCGAGACAGUUUUGAAACGGAACUCCAAUGUCUUUGAGCUUUUGGAUGCUUUCAGUAAGCUGGAAUUGAAUUCUGAAGAUACACCAGAAAAUAAUGAUUUGGGAUCACCAAAACUGCAGAAGAAACAAACAAAGUCUCUUAAAUCUUUGUUUCAAAAACAUCCUGCAGAGGGAAGCAAGGUUGUCUCAACAAAGUGGACAUAUACUCCCAUGGAAGCCAGGAAGGAAAAGCUGUUGAAUGAGGACAAAGCUGCAUGUUCGUUCUCUGAAGUAAAGCAUGCAAAACUGGAAAAGGGAGUUGUCGAUGAAGAAAAGAAGGAGAAUGCCCCUAAUGCAGUCUCAACUGGUUCUACAGAAAUACUACAUGAAGGUGUACCUUUGCAGUGUUCUUCUGAUCUAACAUCGGUGUCCCAUAGAGUCAACUUGAAUCCAGUGAGCCAGUCAUCUGAUUUCGGCAAUAUCUUCAACAAGUUACGUUCACCAACUGCCCAAGUUUCUCUCGUAAAAUUUACCCCACUCCCGGAGGCCAGCGUGGAAAACCCGAUGCAGGCAGAUGCAGGGGGUAGCUCCCAGGAGCAGCCAGUCGAGCACGCUGAAAAUAGCCCACGCCAGGGAGAGAAGCUGCGUGGGCGGGUCUUGCCCAAGAGUGUGCAGGCGUCCUUUGCUUCCUCCCCGGAGCCAGCAGCAAGCAAGGCUUCCCCCAUGUCAUCGCCGGCCACUUCAACAAACUCCAAUAGCCGGGAAGGCCCCAACAAGCAGCGGCCACCAGUGCACCCCAAUUCACCGACGGCACAAAUGCAAGCCAAGCUACCAACACUCUUCCGACAGCUAGAAGAAGCCAUCAGUAAGGGAGAGCAUGACCGAGCUGCCAUUUUGGCACGGGAGCUAGCAAUGUGCAAGGUGUCAUGCUCUCUCAAGCGGGUCAAGAAAGCUGUACCUGACUCGAGACAGUUUAUGGUCAAAAUGUAUGUUGAAGACAAGAAAUCACAUGUUGGCCCCAUUUCUCUACCUGUGCGUCCCGAAAUGACACUGAGUAAUUUAAAGAAAAAGAUUGAAGCAGAGUACAACUUUCCUGUCAAAAUUCAACGAUGGAUACUGGGGAAAAACUUGGCCACAGAUGACUCUGCCACCCUGGAGCAUUAUGGCGUUUCUCACAGUGCCUGCCCCGUAUUCCUGUACCUUGUGAGUCCAGCAGAGCACACCAGCAAUGAACAGCAAGAUCAAGGAGAACCAAGCAGGGUUCAAAGGCACCCACCUCGCAGCAUUGCAAGCACAGAAGAAGCCUCCGAAGCAAUAUCGCCUCCUCUUGCAAGGAGAGGUUCCAAUGCAUCAAGCACUUUAGAUGCCCUGCUGAACGACCAAAACGCAGGAUGGACAUGUGAAUUGUGCGGGAUAAAAAACAUUGAACCCGAUGCUUGUGCUAUGUGUGGGGCACCAAUGAAUGUCGAAACACCCAUGGACGUUUACGAUGAAGUUCCUGUUGCUGAUGCUGUGACCUCAGAAGCAGGUGACGAACAGCUUCCAAGAGCCUUGUCACCCCAAGAUUAUGCACGAAUGAUGGAACUAGAGGAACAGGACAUUGUGCCUAGCAUGGAAGCAUUUGAGUGCUCUGUUUGCUUCUUAGAUGUAGGACCUGGUGAGGGAGCCCUACUUAGAGAUUGCCUGCACAUGUUCUGCAGAGACUGCCUUUCUAAUGCUGUGCGAUAUGCCGAAGAAGCCAUGGUAAAGUGCCCGUUUCGGAAUGAAGAGUAUUCCUGCUCUAGUCAUUUGCAGGAGAGAGAAAUCAAAGCUCUGGUACCUCCUGAAGUUUACGAGUACCAUCUGUCACGAAGUGUCAAGACUGCUGAAAGUCAGGCACCCAACAGCUUCCAUUGCAAGACAGCCGACUGCCCUGGAUGGUGCAUGCUCGAAGACAAUGUGAAUGUGUUCACAUGUCCUGUGUGCCACCACUCAAACUGCUUGACUUGCCGUGCCAUUCACGAAGGCAAGAACUGUCUUCAGUACCAGGAUGAACUGGACUUUAAUGCCCCCAAUGGCCAUGAGGCAAGACAGACCAAGGAUUACCUUGAUAACAUGGUGAAAGAAGGCCAGGCCAUGCAUUGCCCACAGUGCCAGGUUAUUGUGAUGAAGAAGUGGGGCUGUGAUUGGCUCAAGUGUUCUGUUUGCCAGAUGGAAAUCUGCUGGGUCACCAAGGGACCUCGCUGGGGUCCUAAUGGGAAAGGAGAUACUUCUGCUGGCUGCAAGUGUGGAGUGAAUGGUGUGAAAUGUCACCCAAAGUGCAACUACUGCCACUGAAGUUUAUCUGAACUCUCGUGUGCCAAGACAAAUACUAGCAAGAAAUAACAUGUGUGAGAGAAUAAAAAUCAUUAUAAAUUGUGUAUACAGCAUGUUUUAUGGAAAUGUAAGGGAUAGGUUAAACCUACUAGUCAGUAUGAAGUGACCCUGAAACUAGAACUGUUUAUAAAUUUAAAGCAAACUUUUAAUGAUAAUAAAUAUAUUGCCAUAUUUGCUAUUUUA